AGAAACUGACAAGAACCGGAUGAAACCACAAAAAUGAAAACAAAUUUAUUUUCCAAUAUAAGAUCAAAAAGGUCCAACACUGCGGAAACCUUUCCUUUGAAGCUGCUCCAUAGUUGACUCUGUACCGUAAAACAUCAAGAAUUCGUUUGGCAAAUGCUUUUGACAGAUUGACAGAUUCGCUUCCUUAUAAACACAGUUUGGCGCGUUAAUGUCAUUUCGACUCAUCUCACUUUGUGAGUUGUCAUCUGUCCGGCAGCAGUCCUCGCCGAAAUGUCAUCUUAAGCAUCCUGACUCCCCUUCAGGAAGCACGUGGGUUCAUCCUCAGCCUGACAUGAACGCAGCCUCAUCAUGCGGCAUGGAGGCUAACAACUAGCCCUUUUCUGGCCCCCAUAAGUCCCCAAGAGAAUCUCCGAGGCAGGGGACGGCGGUAGGGGCUCUGACUUGGCUAUAGUAUAUGCGAACCACAGCACCUCACAUGAAUGCACACCCGCUUUCAGAACAUUAUUCAGAGUGGCGGCACUGCAUGUUCCCUGGACAGGUGGAUGGACCAGCUAUUCAGCAAGGGUUAUGCAAUUUGGAGGCAGGCCUCUGCCUUUCAAGGGGAUCGUGGAGAGGCUUCUACCACCUCCGGAGCAGAACACCGCUCUCAUGUCAGAGCUGCAGGAACUGGUGGCGAAAGGUGCUAUUUCCACAGUUCCCCAGGGAGAAGAAAAUGCGGAGUUUUAUUCCCGCUAUUUUCUGGUCCCCAAAAACAGGAGGAGUGAGACCUCCUGUUGGAAAUUCUCAAAUUGGCCCUGUUCAACAACUCGAUCGUGGAGAGGCCAUUCCACAUGCUGACAAUCAGACAGGUGCUGAAAAACGUUCACCAGGACGACUGGUUCACCUCCUUAGAUUUUAAAGACGCAUACUUCCAAGUCUCCAUCAUCCUGAAACACUGGAAGUAUCUGCGUUUCUCCUUCCAGGGGACCCAGUAUCAGUACAACCGUCUGCCCUUCGAUUAUUCUCUCGUCCCGCGCACGUUUUCCGAAUGUGUGGAAGCAGCGCUGCAGCCACUGCACAUGGCAGGGAUGAGAGUCCUCUUCUAUCUGGACGACCUGCUUUUACUGGCUCGGUCCAGAGAGGAACACAUCACAUCUGCUGAGUCUGGGAUGUUCCAUCAACUGGGAAAAGAGUAGGGCUAUUUCGUCCCAGAUGAUCGUUUAUCUGGGAGUGGAGCUGAACUCAGUUACGAUGAGAGCCCCAUUAGCAGAGCCGAGAAUCGAGGCUCUGUCAGUACAGCUCUGCCGUGUUAGGCCUCGCAGCGUAGUGGCAGCUCUGUCAGUCACUCGGCUGCUGGGGAUCAUGUCAGCGGCUCACAUGCCUUCAGAGAUGGUUCGCUCACCUGCGCAUAGAUCCUGUGCGCAAGAAGAGGCGCAUGAUCUCUGUUCCUACUUCAGUGGGAGCCGAUCUGACUCAAUGGGGAACCCCCAGCAUUCUGGCAGAGGGAGUUCCCCUCAGCAGACCCACCUCACACCUAUCGGUGUUCACAGACGUCGAUCGGUCGGGAUGGGGAGGAACGUGUCUGUCUCAGGUGGUUGGAGCACAGUGGCCAGACGACAUGACUCUUCAUAUAACGUGCUGGAGCUCCUCACGGUGUUGGCGGUAACUCAGCACUUUGAUCCUCUGCUGAAGGGUCAACAUGUUCUGAUCCACACGGACAACAGAGUGGUGGCAGCAUACGGGAGGCGUGCGCUCCGCUCUGCUGUUAAACAUCGCCAGACAGCUGCUGGGCUGGGCGCAUGUAAACCUGCUCUAGAUCAGAGUGGUGUACAUCCCCAACGCAGGCCCAGCGGCUUUGAGGGACAUUUCCCGCCCACAGAGUCUGUCGUGCCCCCUCCUGGACUGGAAGCUGUUUGUUGUUUUUACUUUAGAGUGGUCAACUCUCUGUGAUUCCUAUAUCAGUUUGAUACAGUAGGGGAUUCCACACUUCCCAUAUCUGUGUCCUCUGUCACUUUUAUCAGCAGUUAAAACGGUUUAAUCUGCUGUUAACAUGCUGUGACCAGUUUUUCUGAGCCGCCUUCAAACGCAACAUGAGCGCUACGACGCUCACGAUGGGUUUACAUGGCAGCGACGGAGACCUGCUGCUGUGCAGAGCUGCUCAGGAGCUGUUAGACUCAUGGCAGCAAACCAGUUAUACCGCUCUAAAGUAAGUAUGGGCCCCUGAGUUUGUUAAACCCAGUAACUUACGAAUAAUAACUCUUAAUACACUCUUGUGUUUAAAGCUAUGUUGAGUUUCACUCACCUUAGAGUAAUAAUACACCAGUACUUUUCUAUUCUUUUCACCCAAUCAUGAGGCUCUGAUUAAGAAUAAUAAACUUCACAUACUAUCCUAUAAAAAAAAAAAUCAAGCUCAUCUCUCUGCACUAGGUUAACUCUUGAAUGCUCCCACGACGGAAACAUUAGUUGAGUCUUAUGUUAGCCGAGUUAGCUCACAGUAUAAAAGUCCAUUCACUGUGCUAAUGAAUGCUAAUGCGUUAGCGAGCAUUACAUAUGACUUUCGCCUACUGUACAGUGAAUUCCGGUCUGAAAUUAUCACAGUAGCUGCAAACAAGAGUGUAGCGUCGAUAUCUAUUAAAAGACUGUCGAGUUGAAAGUCUAAAUAUCUGCAAAACACUCGUUUCUUAAUAAGUUUUUUCAGCGCGGUUCAUCUCUCUCAUUUCUUCUCUUCUCCGCCACAUUUUUCUGUCUUUUUCUCUGCUCUCCUAUCCCUUCCUCAUCCUCAGUCAACCACAGACCAGUAAAGUUGCUUUGCUCGACACAACUUCCUCUUACAAACAUGACCCCUUCAAAAUAAAAUAUGUUGAAGAUUACUUUUCUACAAAACAGUUUUAACUACAUUUUUCCAAAUUAUUUUAACUCAUACCAUAUUACUUCAAGUACCUGUAAGUACAACUUUUUGUUAACACUUAUUUAUAACAAUUUUAACAUAUUUAAGCAAACAUGUUUAAUACAUUCUAAAUUUUUACACCCUCCGUGAACUUAACUCAAUACAAAAUACCUUUAUUUUGGACUGGGUUACACCAGCAUAACACAAAGAAGUUUGCACAGUUGUUCCCCCCCAACUAACUGACUGAGUUUAAUAAAGCUGUUGGAUGCAGGUGAUUCAUUUUGCCCCCCAAAAUAAUUCGAUGCCCCAUCCUGUUAAACUCAUCUGGAGUCGGGGCUGCUCCAGCGUCUUGAACAGAGGAGUGGACAUCAUGUCCUGGGGCGGACUUUUAUGCGUUUCCCCCAGUUCCAUUGAUGCAUGGCUCCUGGACCGAGUUCAGGAGGAACAGCUGUCGGUAAUCCUGGCACCUGAGCGCAAGAACACGGCGCGGUUUCCCAGUCUGCAGCAGCUGGUGUCAGGUCAACCGUGGAAGGUGCCAUAGAGAGAGGAUGCGCUUUCCCAGGUCG